CUGAACCAUUCCGGGGUUCUUUUCUGGUUACACACAGUUUCCUUCCAAACAGCUGUUUUAUACCUCAGUGUUUGAACAGGCGACUGUUGUCUGCACUUUCUGUGUUGACAAUCUGAGCUCUUAUUGAACGUCGAGUCGUUGCGCUGUGGUGGCUGUCAGUCAGUAACCAUGGAGCCCACCUGUCGCAAAGACAAAGUGAAGUUGAACUCCACUCCUACUCGCGGCGACAGGGCCAAGCAGAAAUCCGCCCAGCAGGAACUGAAACAACGACAACGGGCAGAGAUCUACGCCCUGAAUAAGGUGAUGACAGAGCUGGAGCAGCAGCAGUUUGAGGCCUUCUGUAAGCAGAUGCAAUCCCAGGGAGAGUGACUGACAACCUCCCAAUUGCAGCCCAGGACCAUAACUCUAACCUUCAGCAGCACUGACCCACAGUUCAACUACAGUCUCAACCAGUAAACAAGAGUAUUUCUUACAUAUCAUACAGACACGUUGAACUGUGAAGAUUGCUGAGCGAUUUACAGAGGGGUAAUUUAUUUUACUUUUUUUAAACAACAAAUUGACCUACUUGGGUUCAAUUAUUUGAAUCAUUAUUUUGUUUUCUGUGCACAUUGCACAAUUUCUCUAGAGAUAAAUCAGAUCCUGUUUGAACUGUGCAAUGUAGUAGGGAGUUGUAGUUUCCAGCAGACCAAUAUUCUACUUAGUUUUGCGCUUAAAACGUAAUUAACUACAAUGACCAUUCUCCAUUGCGCAUUUACUUGUACGGCCUUUCUUUUAUGCCUGCUACAAAAGAGGCAGAAGAAUGCACAAUCAUGAGGGGGAUAUAGAGAGCAGUUGUUACUUUGAGGUAUCUCUACCUGAAAAUAAAUGAUCUAUUCUAAGUGAUUGAUAGUUGGUAUUCAGCAGUCAUAAAAGUCUGCCUUAUUUACUUUGAAGAACUAAAAAAUAUAGAUUUUGUCAAAGCAUAUGCAGCAGCUCUAUAGAGAUGAGCUGUUGACUUGGAAUGAAAUAAGUCAUAAAACAAAUAUAACAUACACAACUGAAAUGUGAAUAAAUGGUUAAUAAGUGAUAAGCAGCAAUGAGCAGUUACUACCAUCAUGGGACUUUGAUUCAUUGUUUUAUACUGUAUUACAGCAUUCAACCCAAAUAAUCAAAACCGAAAUCCAAAACCUUUAUUUUUUUAAAUAAUCAAACCGAACCCGAAACGACCUCAACGCACUUAUCGUUUAGCACUAACUGUGAAUCAUUUGCUGAGGGAUAUUUCCAUCCUGGUCCUGUUAUGCAGUGGUCGCCAUAGACAUGAUAAGAAUCAUGUGGAUCCCUGGUGGUGUGCUCUCCUAUUGCCUCUCCUGUCCUCACGCGCUAAAACGGUUGUGUUUUCUGGUAUGUGCAAUGUUGUCACUGCGCCAGUCAAAACAGUUUUAGUGCAUGGAGUGUAAGGACAAUAACACGCAGACAGACUCAAACACUCUGGGGAUACCAGCCAUUGGUUAUCAACAUGCUCCAUAAGUUGUCAUAAGUGGCAAUGCGUUGCAUUGUGAAUGUAACAAGACUAGAUUAUUGGCAUAUUCUAAACUCAGCAACAACAAAAAAAUGUCCCCUCUGUCAACUGUGCUUAUUUUCAGCAAACUUAACAUGUUUAAAUAUUUGUAUGAACAUAACAAGAUUCAACAACUGAGACAUAAACUAAACAAAUUCCACAGACAUGUGACUGACAAAAAUGGAAAAAUGUGUCCCUGAACAAAGGAGGGGGGGAUCAAAAUCAAAAGUAACAGUCAGUAUCUGGUGUGGCCACCAGCUGCAUUAAGUACUGCAGUACAUCUCAUCCUCAUGGACUGCACCAGAUUUGCCAGUUCUUGCUGUGAGAUGUUACCCCACGCUUCCACCAAGGCACAGACAUUUCUGGGUGGAAUGGACCUAGCCGUCACCCUCUGAUCCAACAGGUCCCAGACAUGCUCAAUGGGAUUGAUAUCCGGGCUCUUUGCUGGCCAUGGCAGAACACUGACAUUCCUGUUUUGCAGGAAAUCAACGAGCAGUAUGGCUGGUGGCAUUGUCAUGCUGGAGGGUCAUGUCAGGAUGAGCCUGCAGGAAGGGUACCACACAAGGGAGGAGGAUGUCUUCCCUGAAACGCACAGCGUUGCGAUUGCCUGUAAUGACAACAAACUCAGUCCCAUGAUGCUGUGACACACCACCCCACACCCUCCACCUCCAAAUUGAUCCCGCUCCAGAGUACAGGCCUCGGUGUAACACUCAUUCCUCCGACCACCACCCCUGGUGAGACAAAAACGCGACUUGUCAGUGAAGGGCACUUUUUUCCAGUCCUGUCUGGUCCAGCGACGGUGGGUUUGUGCCCAUAGGCGACGUUGUUGCCGGUGAUGUCUGGUGAGGACAGGCCUACGAGCCCUCAAUCAAGACUCUCAGCCUAUUGCAGACAGUCAGCACUGAUGGUGGGAUUGUGCAUUCCUGGUGUAACUCAGGCAGUUGUUGCCAUCCUGUACCUGUCCCACAGGUGUUUUAAUUUUUUUAAAUUAGGCAAGUCA